AUCUACCUCUGUGCCAGAUUUUGUGCUUUUAUCACAAUACGCACGAUAGUGCCUAUUUCUUUCAGUUUCGCCACCUAGCUACAACGACCGCAGUUUCCAUUCACAAUAUUGUCCGCUAUCCUUCCAAUAUACUCUCGCGUCCCACAGGACAGCAGAUGCUGUGACGGCAGUGUGUGACGGUCGCCAUGAUGAGCUGGGGUUUUGCCUGCAGCAAGCUGUAGUUCGAGAACGGCAAGCGACCGACGUGGGAAGCAAGGGGGAAGGCAGUGUACUGGAUUGGUAUGAGCAAGAAUGCAGCUUUUUUCUUGACGGGAAAAAGCUCAACCCCUCAGAGAAACCGCAUUUUCGACGGAUACAGCAAUGGACAUAUAUUCGAACCAUAGUUUUAAACUGUGAAGAGGGCCAGGCAGUUGAUUUUAAAAUAAUUGAAUUUAAACGAAAAAACGAGCUAGUUAAGCCUUGCGCCCUUCUAUUCUCAGACUCAACAGAGGAGGGGCAUUGCAUUGAGGCUUUGUAGCAUUGCAGAUCUAGUGUUGAUGCAUUUUUUUCCGCUGCAGUUUGGAUAACCACAUAUCAACAUCUCAGGGGAUUGUUAUAACUGCAUUCUCACGGGUAAUAUUUUCACCGGGGGUAUUUUUGACAGGAGAAGACUGGAAAAAAUACGUAAGGAAAUACUACAAGCGGCUUUCAUUAGCCUACGUCAAAAUCUGCUGGCCAGGGCAGGGUCUGCAAUUGUGAGUUCUCCUUUGUGUUUUGGGGGAAUAGGAUAAAUAAAAUGAGGAAAUAUUACAUGGCUCACUCACCUCCGAGAUACUCUAUAUAUACCUUGGUGAGAGGUGGAUCAUGAUAGUUCUAUUUUAGCUCGCUAUUAGCUUGCUUGCCUCAACGUUUUUAUUCAUUUUGCUACAAGGUGAGACCGAGACAAGCUAAGCGAACUUCUUCUGUUCGUCCCUGGUCAGCCGGAAUAUAAGGUUUAGCUAACUAUUUGAGUUAAUAUAAUUUCCUCUACCAGCAUCACCUGACUACAGUUUGAAUCAUGUCGGGAGAGGUCCGUUUGAAGAAACUGGAAAAGCUGAUCCUGGACGGCCCAGCUCAGUCAAAUGGCCAAUGCCUUAGCGUGGAAACGCUAUUGGAUAUCCUUAUCUGCCUUUAUGAUGAGUGCAACAACUCACCCCUCAGAAGGGAGAAAAACAUCUUGGAGUUUCUGGAUUGGGCCAAACCCUUCACCUCCAUGGUCAAACAGCUGCGCCUACACAAGGAGGACUUUGAGAUCCUCAAGGUGAUUGGACGAGGAGCCUUUGGAGAGGUUGCUGUAGUUAAGGUGAAGAAUGCAGACAAGGUGUUCGCCAUGAAGAUCCUCAAUAAGUGGGAGAUGCUGAAGAGAGCUGAGACGGCGUGUUUCCGGGAGGAGCGGGACGUGCUGGUGAACGGGGACAGCCAGUGGAUCACCACCCUGCACUACGCCUUCCAGGAUGACAACUUCCUGUACCUGGUGAUGGAUUAUUAUGUGGGUGGGGACCUUCUCACCCUGCUUAGUAAGUUUGAAGACAGGUUGCCGGAGGACAUGGCAAGAUUCUACCUGGCUGAGAUGGUGCUGGCCAUCGACUCAGUGCACCAACUGCAUUACGUCCACAGGGACAUCAAGCCAGACAACAUCUUGAUGGACAUGAACGGUCACAUUCGCCUGGCUGACUUUGGUUCCUGCCUCAAACUCAUGGAGGACGGCACGGUCCAGUCGUCAGUUGCCGUGGGGACCCCGGACUACAUCUCUCCGGAGAUCCUGCAGGCGAUGGAGGAUGGGAAGGGGAAGUACGGUCCAGAGUGUGACUGGUGGUCCCUGGGGGUCUGCAUGUACGAGAUGCUGUACGGGGAAACCCCCUUCUACGCCGAGUCACUAGUGGAGACCUACGGCAAGAUCAUGAACCACAAGGAGGAGUUAGGGGCUGCUGAGCGUUUCCAGUUCCCCCUGCAGAUGACCGACGUGUCCGAAGACGCCAAGGACCUGAUCCGACGCCUCGUCUGCAGCCGGGAGCACCGCCUGGGCCAGAACGGCAUCGACGACUUCAAAUCUCACCCCUUCUUCUCUGGCAUUGACUGGGACAACAUCCGUACGUGCGAGGCCCCCUACAUCCCAGAGGUCAGCAGCCCCACAGACACCUCUAACUUUGACGUGGACGACGACUGUCUCAAGAACUCAGAGACGAUGCCCCCUCCCUCACACACGGCCUUCUCUGGACACCACCUGCCCUUCGUAGGUUUCACCUACACCAGUAAAUGUACCCUGUCUGACCGGGGCUGUCUGAGGGAGGCAGGUGGUAGCAGUCAGACACAGAUGGAUGUAUGUGUCCAGCGCAGUCUGGAGGAGAGUCUGGCCACCGAGGCGUACGAGAGGAGGAUACGACGCCUGGAGCAGGAGAAGACUGAGCUCAGCCGCAAGCUGCAAGAGUCCACCCAGACAGUCCAGGCCCUGCAGCACGCGUCAGGAGAAGGACCAGCACCCGUCCCCUCUAACAAGGAGGUGGAGAUCAGGAGUCUGAAGACUGAGAUUGACAUCCUCAAGAAAAAGAUUGCAGACUCAGGUCAACAAGAACAUGAGUUAGAAGAAGCUUCAUCAGUCCGUAGAGAGAUGGAGGAUUCAUCUAAACACAUCAGGAACCUGGAGAAACAGAUGAAGAGUCUCAACCUGGAGAAGGACGACCUGCACAAGGACUUAAUGGAGGCCAGCGGCAAGAUGAAGAGUCAGUCUAAGGAGUUGAAAGAGGCCCACAGCCAGAGGAAGCUGGCCAUGCAGGAGUUCUCCGAGCUCAACGAGCGUCUGACUGACCUCAGAUCAGCCAAGCAGCGCCUGGUCCGUCAGCUCCGGGACAAGGAGGAGGAGAUGGAGGGUUGGUCCCAGAAGGUGGAGGCUCUACGGCUGGAGGUGCGCAAGGCCGAGAGGGCCAAGAAGGAGAUGGAGUCCCAGUCUGAGGAGCAGACAGCUGAUGCUCAGAAGGAGAGGAAACUGAGAGAACGCUCUGAGCAGUACAGCAGACUGCUAGAGGAGGAGCUGGAUGGACUCAAGAAGCAGGUGGGGCCAUCAGCCUCUGUGGUGGGCUCGGACCAGAGCCAGGAGGUGGGGAAGCUGCGGGCCGACCUGGAGAAGAAGACGGGGUUCUACGAGGAGGAGCUGAGCAGGAGGGAGGUGCAGCACGCCAACGAACUCAAGGUCCUCCGCAAGGAGCUCCGCGACGCUGAGGGACAGCAGCUCACCCUGCAGAAAGAGAUCCUGGUCCUCAAAGACAAACUGGAGAAGACACGCAGGGAGAGCCAAAGCGAGCGGGAGGAGUUUGAGAUGGAGUACAAGCAGAAGUAUGAGCGGGAGAGAGUCAUUCUGACCGAGGAGAACAGGAAACUCUCCAACGAACUGGACAAGCUGACGCCUAUGUUUGAGAAGCUGAGCAUUAGCAACAGACAACUGGAGGAGGAGAUGAGGGAACUGGCUGACAAGAAGGAGAGUGCUGCUCACUGGGAGGCCCAGAUCACUGAGAUUAUCCAGUGGGUGAGCGAUGAGAAGGAUACGCGAGGCUAUCUCCAGGCUCUGGCCAGUAAGAUGACUGAAGAACUGGAGGGACUGAGGAACACCAGCCUGGGAGCCAGGGCUACGGACAUGCCGUGGAAGGUGCGGAGGUUUGCUAAGCUGGACAUGUCAGCCCGUCUGGAGCUGCAGUCUGCACUGGACGCUGAGAUCAGAGCCAAACAGACCAUCCAAGACGAACUGAACAAAGUCAAGGCCUCCAACAUCUCCACUGAGUGUAAACUGCAGGAGUCGGAGACUAAGAACCAGGACCUGCUGGCUGAGAUAGAGAGGCUGAAGAAGGAUACAGAGGAGUUCCGCCUGCGUAGGGGUGUGAAACACCAGGACUCCCAGAACUCUUUCCUGGCCUUCCUCAACGCCCCCACCUCAGCCCUGGACCAGUUUGAUCGCUCUCCAUCAGUUGGGCCAACUAGCAAAGGCAGACGUGUGGACUCUGUGGAUAACUUCACUCCCUCCAACACCCCAUCCAGGGACGAGGACUCCAAAACGUCUCGCUCACGGUCGCCCUCCAUGGCCAGCGACGUGGAGCCCAUUGAGUUGAUAGACCCACGAACAGUCCAGACCCCCACCAUGCGACCAGGAGGCUAUGGUAGUAUCGGCCGCUCAUCACCCAAGCCCAAAGCCCACCAGUUUGUGGUGAAGUCCUUCAGUGCUCCCACCAAGUGUAACCAGUGCACCUCUUUGAUGGUGGGACUCAUUCGCCAGGGCUGCACCUGUGAAGUGUGUAACUUCUCGUGCCACGUGACGUGUGCUGACAAGGCUCCAGCGGUGUGCCCCGUGCCACACGACCAGACCAGGGGGCCGCUGGGCAUCGACCCCCAGAGGGGCAUUGGCACCGCCUACGAAGGACACGUCAGAGUGCCCAAGCCCACAGGGGUGAAGAAGGGUUGGCAGCGGGCGGUGGCGGUGGUGUGUGAUUUCAAGCUCUUCCUGUACGAGCUGGGAGAGGGCAAGACCACAACGCCCAGUGUGGUCGUCAGUCAGGUCAUAGACAUGAGGGAUGAGGAGUUUUCAGUCAGCUCUGUUCUGGCGUCGGACGUCAUUCAUGCCAGUCGCAAGGACAUCCCAUGUAUAUUCAGGGUGACGGCAUCCCAGCUCUCCCCCUCCUCCAGUCACAAGCCUUCCAUCCUGAUCCUGGCCGACAGCGACCACGAGAGGAACAAGUGGGUGGGGCUUCUCAACGAGCUGCAGCGCAUCCUCAAGAAGAACAAGCUGAAGGAGCGCUUCGUCUACGUGCCCAAAGAGGCCUACGACAGCACGCUGCCGCUCAUCAAGACCACGCAGUCCGCCGCUAUUAUAGAUCACGAGCGUGUUGCCCUGGGCAAUGAGGAAGGCCUUUAUGUCAUCCAUGUCACCAAAGAUGAGAUCAUCCGUGUUGGGGACAAUAAGAAGGUCCAUCACAUUGACCUGGUCCCCCAGGAGCAGCUCCUAGCAGUCAUCUCCGGCCGUAACCGCCACGUCCGUCUCUUCCCCAUGGCCGCGCUGGACGGACGGGAGAUGGACUCCUACAAGCUGACCGAGACCAAGGGCUGCACGGCGCUGGUGUCCGGCUCCGUCCGAAACAACUCCUUCACCUGUCUGUGUGUGGCCAUGAAGAGACAGGUCAUCUGUUACGAGGUGAACAAGAGCAAGGCACGUCACCGCCGAUUGCAGGAGCUCCAAACCCCAGGUCCCGUCCAGUGGAUGGGUCUCCUGAGCGAACGGCUGUGUGUGGGCUACCAGGCUGGCUUCACGCGCUACAGCAUCCACGGGGACUGUGCCCCGGUCAGCCUGUUGCACCCCGAGGACCACACCCUAGCCUUCAUAUCCCAGCAGGCCCUGGAUGCUCUUUGUGCCGUGGAGAUCUCCUCCAAGGAACUACUGCUCUGCUUCUCAGCCAUAGGGGUCUACGUGGACUCGCAGGGCCGCCGCUCGCGCCAGCAGGAGUUGAUGUGGCCUGCCGUGCCCAACUCUGCCUGUUACAACGCCCCCUACCUGUCAGUGUACAGUGAGAAUGCUGUGGAUGUUUUUGAUGUCAACACCAUGGAGUGGAUUCAGACCAUACCAUUGAAGAAGGUGCGACCUCUGAACCCGGAUGGAUCCCUGAACCUCCUGGGUCUUGAGACUGUGAGGCUCAUCUACUUCAGAAACAAGACUGCAGAGGGUGACGAGUUGGUGGUUCCUGAGACGUCAGACAACAGCAGGAAGCAGAUGGUUCGCAGCAUGAACAACAAGAGACACUUCUCCUUCAGAGUCCCUGAGGAGGAGAGGAUGCAGCAGAGGAGGGAGAUGCUGAGAGACCCAGAGAUGAGGAACAAGCUGAUCUCCAACCCCACCAACUUCAACCACGUGGCCCACAUGGGACCUGGAGACGGCAUCCAGAUUCUCAAAGACCUGCCCAUGAACUUGCGUGUUCAGGAGAGUCGUGCUGCAGGCUUCAGUGGCUCCGUGUCCAUCCCCUCCAUCACUAAGAACAGAGCCGAGCCGGGACGGUCCAUGAGCGCCAGCAGUGGACUGGGCAUCCGUUCGUCCUCUCAGAACGGCAGUGCGUUGAGGAGAGAGCUCUCUGGAGGUAGCUACAGCUCUAAGCGCCAAACCAUGACCUCUCCCUCCGAGAGCUCCUUGUCCUCCGGAGGGGGUAUGGACGGCUGCAGCGACGCACCCCUCUCCCAAUUCGACAGAGAGUGGCAGGCGGUCUCACCAUCGGAGAAGACCCCUGAUCUGAAAAGGGCUUUAAGGACCCUGCUUAGUAAGAUGAAGGACUCUGACUCACCCCGUCACUCCACGGCGUCCAACAGUUCUACAUUCAGCAGUCCCCCCAGCCCGGCCUCACCCCACAAGACCAAGUCCCUCUCUCUGGAGAGCACAGACCGCAUGACCGGCUGGGACACAUGAGUGACAGACAGCACACCCUUGCAAUCCCUGACCCUCACUGCCCCCCCUCCCCCUCCCCUGGCUCCGCCUAUCCCCUGCCCACGGAACUGCACCUGCUGCCACAGGCCCCUCCCACUUACUUCACCUUUGACUGGAACUGAGAUCUACAAACAAACACAGGGAAAGGAAGUGUUUGACCAAGAAGGAAAUACUAGGAGAAGAUAUGUUAAUGCGUGUAUGAGUAGUGUUUGUGUGGACGCCUGUGUGUUUUUUUUGAAGGGGGCAUACUUAAUAGGAAUGAAAAUUGAAAUCCUUCCAUCUGCUUUGUAGCUGAUAGCUAGAAUAAGCGAAGCGCUAAGUUUAAUUGAAAGUACUUUUGAUUACAGCACUACUAGCCCCAUGUUGAGUAUCUCCCCAUGUAAUUGACAACUCCUGUAAAGAGACACAAACCUCAAGUAGCGACAAGAAGAAGAGGAUGAAUAUGGAACAAUAACAGAUCAUUUGAUACGUGUACAUAGCAGCCUUUGGGUUUGGGGGGACCACCUUUUAUUUAUUAAUCAGAACAGGAUGUUUCACAGAGGAGAAAAAGAGGAUGUUUCCUCUUCCUUUCAGUUGCUUUCUUCCGGAACGGUAGUUAAUAUCAGAAGAAGAGGGGGCAUUCCAUUGACAAUACAGGGCUCACACAAAAAAAGCAAUGAUGUUUAUUUUUCUCAUGAAAGUGAAAUAUGUGCAGUGACUUCAUUUGUUUGUACCAUCAGUGAAAAGCUACAGUAAAUCAGUGCAAAAAAUACAACUAUGAUGAGGGGUAUUUUAACUCUAGGUUGACCCCUGACCUCACGUGUUUCAUGUUCUAGAAUUCUUAGGGACAGCAGCGUUUAGAAGCAGACCAAACAUUCUAUGAUGACAUCACAGCUUCUUCUGCCACUUCCUUAUGACAUGGCCAUUGACCUCAUCCACUGAACUGGGACCAUUAUCUGUGUAGUGUAGACCUUGUACCGUAAGUACAGUAAUAGACCAACCACCGACCAAUUACAAAAAGCUGAUUCCCAUCACAACAAUGUACAUAAGUUAAAAGUAGAGAAUAAUAUAUAAGGGAAAUACAGUAGAGAAAUACGUGAUGGGAGAAGAUCUGGGAUUCCUUUUUAUUUUUUGAGAAUGAUUUGGGGUUAUAUUCACACGAAAGCCAUUUUAAACCACAGUUCUUUUUAUGAUUGCUUUUAGAUUUUUUUUUUACAACUUAUUUUUAUUUCAUGUAUGAGACAAACCGCCGAGUGUUAUUUUGAUUUGGGUUUGAGGAAACUUAUUAUGGGUCACAUGGACCCGUGCUGUUGAGUGAAUAUGUGCAUUUAUUUUAAGCUAGUAGUCACAGAUGCAUUCACACUUAGACACACAGGUGUUUCCCCCUCCACUCUUUCCACUAUGAUCCACAGUUAGAUCAGUUGAGGGGGAUGUAUAUUUCCAAACUGAUAGUGAUUCCCUGUGGUACUGACCUGUGAACCUCAAAUAUGUUCCUUUGACUUCUAAGAGAGAUUUUGGAAAGCUUGUUAUAACCAAAAAAGAAUGACUUAAAUCUUGAGUCUUCAUUAUUUUUCAGAAUGUUUCAAUAGAUUAGGGGAAAAAAGAAUUAACAGACAACGCUGGGCUAAAAUGGAGGUUUAAAAAUGUCACCGUAGAAUUCUUUUACAAGGCCAACGCGUCAUUUCUGUUACGUUCUUACUAUCAACUGGUAAUCUGUGUAUUGCUGUCUGCUAAUGCAAUCACCUUCAUGUAGACCAAAACUGGGGUCCAUUACAUUUUAAUUCGGUCAACUGAAGUUCCAUUCUAAUUCUCCUCAAUGCCUCUCGGAGAUGGAAUUUCUGUUUACUUACCUGAAUUGAAAUGGAAUUGACCCCAAUCCUAAUGCACACCACAAUGGUGUCGAUCGUAUUUAUGUGUCGAACGGAAACAAUAAUUGACUUGAUAUUGUUUCUGAGCAUUGGUCAUGGGCUUAGAUCAACUGCCUCUUAUCUCUGAAGAGGAAGGGAGAGGGGACUCUUAUUCUGGAAAAUAAAUAUUUUCUAAUGAGGAAUUGUUUCUAUGUUACAGACCAUUUAAUGAAUUACAAUUGUUACUUACUGCUGAAAUGGACCUUCUGUUUGGGUGGGUUGUGGUGUACCAAGUAGUAUACAUGGCAGGUUAUCUUCAGCUAUCCUAUUAAGUGUAUAAAAAGAUGACACACAAAUUCCUGCCAUUGGAGUCCUAAAUCUUAACCCUAAACCACAGUUCUGUUCUGUUCCCUUGUCAAACACAGCCAUGUAUCUCUAGCCUGCUCAUGCCACGUGGUUUUGAAAACCAUUUUAUAUUGACGUUGAAAAAUAAGAAUUUCUCUGGAAGAGUCAGUCUCGCUAAGCUGGUUUUACUCAACCGUCUCAACUUAACUUAUUCCCCUCUCUUAAUAUUUCCUUUUAAGCUACCAAGUCUCCCUAUUCAUAUCUGCUGGACCUUAUCUGUAGAAUGUAUUUGCUAAGAAAGAGGAAAUAUCUUAGUCUGAGUAUUUUAGACCGGGCUUUAAAUUGUACAUCCCACUUCUUUAAAAAAAAAAACUCAGGAAUGUCACGACCAAUGAUUAUUUUCAUCCUAACAAUUAAAAUGAGUGUGACAGAACAGUCUAUACUUGGGAAAUAAGAGCUCAAUUUAGUCGCAGUGUAGUUGUGACUAGGUGUAAGGGUCGAACAAUUCAGCAAAGUGUUUUGAAUCGAGGAUGAGAAGAGGGGUGAAAGGCCGGAUGGAGGGUAGUAGUUUGAGGUUGAGGUGCCACCAUAUUUGUUUUUAAGAAAACGCCUUUGCAUUUCAGUGAGGUCUUAAGUUCCUUCCAUAUUAUUUAGCUCUUUCAUAUCACAUUACACUUUUUUUUCUAGGAUAGCUUUGUAAUAAUUUGUACAGUUUCGCAUGUUAUAGAUGUAAUCAUUUUUUUGUUUUGGAUUAGUUUUUAAUUUUGGUUUGGGAGUUUUACUGAGGAUACCCACUACAGGUGAUGUAGAUUCUUUUUGCACAGAAAUAUUUAAGGUGUAAGGUCAAACAAAUAAUGUAUGGAAACUGGCUCAUUAAGAGAGCUCAUUAUAUUAACCUGACUCCGAUGUAUUUCAAUAAAACGGAGGGCUGUUACAAAUACGGCUUCACUGA